AUGGCAGAAACUGUAGUGUCAUUUGUUUUGGAAGAACUCUGCCAAUUUGUAAAAGAAGAAAGAACUUUGGUGACGGGGGUUGAAAGAGACUUCAUUGACAUCAAAGAUGAACUUGAGAACAUCCAAGCCUUCCUCAAGGACGCAGACACAAAGGCUGAUGAUGAUGGCGGUGGAGGAGGAUCCAAUGGAGUCAAAACUUGGGUGAAGCAGGUGAGAGAAGCGUCUUUUCGCAUAGAAGAUGUGAUUGAUGAGUAUAACAUGUAUGAAGCACAAAGAGUCAACCAUUCUAUAUUCAGAUCUGCACUCCAAAUGAUUCCUGGUUUGACCAAAACCAUGAAUCCGCAUCACCAGAUUGCUUCUGAGAUUCAAGACAUCAUGUUAUCACUUGGUAAAAUCAAAGAAAGAAGUACAAGGUUUGAGUUUCUGUCUGAAAGUGGAUCAGGAAGUAGCUCUAGAGGGACUAAAGCUCCUAGAAUUGGUGAUCCUCGAAUGGCUCCUUAUUUCAUUGAAGAGACUCAAGUUGUAGGGUUUGAGUCCCCAAGAGAUGAAUUGGUUAGUUGCUUGGUGGGGGGAAACAAUGAGCUCAUGUUGGUUUCUGUGGUUGGCAUGGGAGGACUCGGGAAAACCACUCUCGCUAAGCAUGUUUUUGAUAACCAGCUAGUGAAAAGAAACUUUGAUUGUAGAUCUUUCAUCACAGUUUCUCAAUCAUACACUAUCAGAGAGUUGUUGACAGAUAUGGUAAAGAAAUUUUGCAAGGACAACAAUGAGCCUAUUCCGAAGGGUCUGCUAAAGAUGGAUGACGAAACAUUGAUUACUCAUGUGAGACAAUACCUUGAGUCAAAGAGGUACUUAGUGUUUUUCGAUGAUGUUUGGAAAGAAAAUUUUUCUGAUGAGAUUGAACAUGCCUUAAUUAGUAAUAACAAAGGAAGUAGAAUUAUUGUGACCACUAGAAUGAUGCAUGUAGCUGAAUAUUUUAAGAAAUCUUUUCCUGUUCAUGUUCACAAGCUACAACCUUUGCCUCCAAACAAAGCAUGGGAACUGUUUUGCAACAAGGCAUUUAGAGGGCAGUGUCCAACAGAACUUGAGGAUGUGACCGAAGAAAUUGUUCAAAAGUGUGGAGGGCUACCGCUAGCAAUUGUGGCCAUCGGCGGUCUUUUAUCAACAAAAGCCAAAACCAUUUUUGAGUGGGAAAAGGUGAGUCGAAAUCUGAGAAUGGAGUUAGAUCGCAAUGUGCAUUUGACUAGUCUAGUCAAAAUUUUAUCUCUUAGCUAUGAUGACUUGCCUUACCAUUUGAAAUCAUGCAUGUUAUAUUUUGGUAUAUAUCCUGAGGACUAUGCAAUCUAUAGGAAGAGACUUACAAGGCAAUGGAUGGCUGAAGGGUUUGUUAGGCAUGAGGAUAGAAGAACCUUGGAAGAAGUUGCUGAAGAGUACCUGACAGAGUUGAUACAAAGAAGUUUGGUUAAUGUUUUCAAAGUUGGCUUAAAUGGGAGAGUCAAAAGUUGCCAAGUUCAUGAUUUGUUGCGUGAAGUGAUCAUUAGAAAAAUAAAAGAUUUAAGUUUUUGUCAUUUGUGCCAUAAAGACGAUGAACAAGUCACUGUUGGAAUAACUAGACGCUUUUCUAUAGCAGCUAUCUCCAACAAUGAUUUGAGAAACACUAGUAGCUCAGGAAUUCGUGCUAUAUUUGUUUUCCACAAAGGUGAAUUUUCUAAACAUUUCAUACAUGGAUUAUCUGCGAAGUUCAAACUUUUGAAAGUGCUUGAUUUUCAGAAUACUUUGUUGAAAUCUAUUCCUGAUAACUUGGGGAAUCUUUUCCAUCUAAGGUACUUGAACUUGAGUUUUACAAAAGUUACCGCUCUUCCAAAAUCUAUUGGUAAGUUAGUCAACUUAGAAACCUUGGAUUUGAGGCAAUCUCGCGUGCGUGAGUUACCAAAAGAGAUAAGCAAGCUCACAAAGCUAACGCUUCUUCCAGUUUAUUAUAGAAAAUAUGAAGGGCCUUAUUCUAUAUUGAACUUCACAACUGGUGUGCAAAUGCAAGAGGGUAUUGGGUGUUUGAUAUCUUUAGAAAAACUUUACUUUCUGGAAGCCGAUCAUGGUGGAAUAGACCUUAUCCAAGAGCUCAAAAAGUUGAAACAAUUAAGGAAGUUAGGCAUAAGACGUGUCCGGCGAGAAUAUGGAAAUGUAUUAUGUGCUACAAUACAAGAGAUGAAGCACCUUGAAUCUCUUAAUAUUACUGCUAUAACUGAGGAAGAGAUCAUUGACUUGGAUUCUGUAUCAACUCCACCUAAUCUUAAAGUGCUCAACUUGAAAAGUAGAUUAACAAAGUUGCCUAAAUGGAUUCCAAAUCUCAAGUACCUUGUGAAGCUAAGACUUGGCUUAUCUAACUUCAAAGAUGAUCCACUAGAGUCGUUAAAGAAUUUGCCUAAUUUGUUGAGGCUGAAUUUGUGGGAUGAUGCCUUUUCUGGUGAAAGAUUGCAUUUUCAAAAAGGAGGGUUUUAUAAGCUGAUAGAGUUGGAUCUCACUAGAUUAAAUAGACUAAAAUCUGUGUCUAUAGACAAAGAAGCUUUACUUGGGCUUGAAGACUUCAGAUUUAACAACAACCCUCAAUUGAAGGUGGUACCCCAAGACCUCCAAAACUUGAAAAACCUUCAACUCCUUGAAUUGAUUGACAUGCCAGCUGAACUGGUUGAUAGCAUUGAUCUAGACAAAGGUGGACCAUACCAAUGGAUUAUCAAUCAUAUUCCCCUUGUACUGAUUCGUCAGAAAGUAGGAUCAAGUUAUCAUGAUUAUGAGUUGCGCCCGAUUCCUACUCAACUCAAUAUCUAA